AUGCCAUCGUCGUCGUUGUAUCUUUCAAGUCUGCUCUCCAUAAUUGGACUAGCACAAGCAGAAAAGUUUCCACAGUCACUAACAGACUUGCAUGCUCAAUUGAAGAGUGAUGAUGGAGUUACGUUUGAUCCGCUUGGUGUUGCGGCCGUACUCUACAACCCUCGCGUUGACAAGAGUGCAGCAAGACUUUAUACUCAGUUUGAUCGAGGAUUAUUCAUAUGGCCACACUUGACAAUGAUUGGAGGGACUCUGCCACCCAUGCAAAUGCUUGUUGAACGACUCAAUGCCACGAUGAAGUGGAUUCAUCCAUCUAUCAAAUUAUGCGCACAAGAUACAGUUAUGCUCCACGUGCGAUCAGACGUAUCGGGGAAUGUAUUUCGUCAACUACCACUCAACUUGAGCAACGCAUGGCUGACUGAUAUAAUAUCUUUUCAAACAUCCAAGCAGCCUGGAAACGACUUCGUUGUCGUUUACGUGGAUGCCAUGUACCAAUCAAGGGAAGAACGCCAGAAAAAUGUGCGUCAGCAGUUAGGAAACUUAACGUGGCUGCUUACAAAAUGGGCAUUAGACCUAAUUUGCCUAGUCAACGGAGCCAUGUUGACGACUGGUAUGGUGUGCGGAAUUUUGAUGGCCGACCUUUGGGCUUUCACCUUGUUCUUUCUAUAUAGCAGUCAUUGGUUCGCCUCGGUGCUUAUUUCCUUCACUUCUAUGGUCAAAAUCCACAAACCAGAUCAUAUUAAAAACGACACACAGGACAGAUAUGCUGUGUAUGAACGCGAUGAGGGGGGCACUGUGAUAUUCAAGGGACCACAAAAGGAGCUUGAGGAGUGGGCUCGUUCUACUUGGGAAUAUGACCGGACUGGGGUGAAAGAUGCUUUGCAUUGGUUCUGGACCUUGUCGGGGACAUUCUCCGGCAUAUCAUCUGUUGCAUGUAUGGUGAACAUGAAGGGGGCUCUGCAAUUGGCAUUUUUGGGAGUUCUGGUAUACUCAUCACUGGCCGAGAUUUGUGCAACCAGGAUUGCGCGUCACCUGCAGACCAAGGCUCAUGGCCAUAUUUUUGCGGACCGAGUUUUGAAUAACCAAACUCGAAGCCGAGCAAUUAUCCGUGCAACUUUGCAAAUUACACGGGAAUGCCGUCUUAAGGGGUUGGAUUGGGUCAAAAUGGGACUGCUUCCUCCAAUGCAAGUUUUUGAGAAGAUGCAGGAAUUGCUGGAGGAAAUUUCAAACAUUGAAGAAAGCAUAGCCAUUCCUCGAGGCCUGGUGGAAGAAAAAUGUGCUAAUUUCCUCAAUAACGUGGAUUCCUCGGAGCAGAUGUUAGCUCAAAGAAUAGUAGACGAAGUGAUGGAGACACUAGGAUUCUUGAAAAGCAUAUGA